AAUAAACUAUGUCGGGUGAUGAAGUUGAAAAAUUUGAAAUAACAGAUUAUGAUUUGGAUAACGAAUUUAAUAUAAAUCGUCCACGAAGACGACCAACAAAACACCAACAAAUCUAUGGUAUUUGGGCUGAUGAAAGUGAUGAUGAAGAUGACAAUCGAAAAUCAGGCCGAUCGUCAAAAUCUAAAGUGCCUAAAAAUUAUUCAGCACCAAUUGGAUUUGUUUCUGGUGGGAUUCAAAAUCAAAAGAAAAAAGAUGGAGAGGAUGAAAAAUCCUCGGAAGAUGAUGAGGAGUCAAUUACGUUUAACAAAAAGUCAAAAAAUUAUGUAGCAAAUAGUUCAAGUGAAUCAGAAGACGAUUCAAAACCCUCAUUUAGUAGAUCGGCUCAACAGUUCAAUAAUUUUACGGAAACUAGUCAAGAAACAGCUGGAUUAAGAAAAACUGGCCGACCAUCGUUAAAUACACCGUUAAUGACCAAAGGUGUUGGAAAUUGGGAACGUCAUACAAAAGGAAUUGGUGCAAAACUUCUAUUACAAAUGGGCUACAAACCUGGUAUGGGAUUGGGUAAAGAUUUACAGGGUAUUGCAAGGCCUGUUGAGGCACACUUACGUAAAGGUCGUGGAGCAAUCGGAGCUUAUGGACCUGAAAAGGCUGCAAAAAUUGCAGAUGAAAAGGCUGAUGAUCGCGAUGAUAAUUCAAAACAAGCAAAAGAUAAACAAAAUAAAUGGAAAAAGGAAGGGGAAGUUGCAGCAAGUAAAAAAAGUCGGUAUUAUUAUAAAAGUGUGGACGAUGUAAUUGAACGGGGUAAACAACCUGGGGCAUAUCGAACGGUAGAUUUAACAAGUAAUUUAAGUAAGGUGAAAGUCAUUGAUAUGAGGGGUCCGGAACAACGUGUACUCAGUGGUUAUCAUGCUUUAAGUGGCCCUAAAAAACCAGAAGGAGAAGGUGAAUUAUUUGAAGAUAUUGUUCACAAAAAAUGUUCAAACUUUGCGUUACCAGAACUGCAACAUAAUCUGGACCUACUUGUUGAUAUUUGCGAACAGGAUAUUAUUUGGGUUGAUCGAAAAAAGCGACAUUGCUGUGAUCGUGUUGUAGCAUUAGAACAAGAACGUAAAGGAUUAACAGAAGUUACAGAAAAACAAGGACGGCAAAUGAAAACGUUACAAUCAUUAUUGGAUAUUGUCGAACGCUUGGUUGAUCCAUCUCAUGCAUUAUCGUUACGACAAGUUGCUGAUGAAUUUAAAAACAUACAAGAAAAUUAUUUUGAAGAAUAUUUAAUAUACGAUUUGGGAGAAUUAGCUCCAGGUCUUGUUGGUCCUUUGUUAACAUCAGCGUUAGUCAGUUGGAAUCCAUUAACAGCACCAAAUCAGUACACUGAUGUAUUUCAACAAUGGAAGGAAAUUCUCGAUCAAUCAAAUCAACGGGGUACGCUUUCAGUUCAUGCUCAAAGUGUAUCGCAACCAUACAAUAAUUUAGUUUGGUCUACAUGGAUGCCGGUAAUUCGUGCAACAGUAUCCACAUGGAGUCCACGUGAUUGUGAUCCAUUGAUACGUUUAUUGGAUAUUUGGAAACCAAUUAUACCAAUGUGGAUAAUGGAAAAUUUGUUAGAACAAGUAAUUUUACCACAAAUUAAUUCAGAAGUGUUACAAUGGAAUCCAUUAACUGAUACAGUUCCUAUACAUGUAUGGAUACAUCCAUGGAUUCCGUUAAUGGGCCAACGGUUACAAGAUAGUGUGUAUCCAAUUAUUGAAGAUAAAUUAGGAACAGCUUUAACAAGUUGGCAUCCAUCAGAUCGGUCUGCUAAAUUAAUGUUACGUCCGUGGCAACCAGCUAUGUCUCCUGGUGCUUUUGCUGCAUUUUUACAUAAAUAUAUUUUACCUAAACUUCAAGUCUGUUUGUCCAGCUUACAUAUUAAUCCACAUCAACAGCAUUUAGAUGCUUGGAAUUGGGUAAUGGAUUGGUCAGAUAUGUUAAGUCCUCAAGCAAUGUCUAUAUUACUUGAUAAAUGUUUUUUGCCACGUUGGCUUCAAACUUUAGCGUUAUGGUUAAAUCAACAGCCAAAUUAUACUGAAGUAACUGAUUGGUUUAUUGGUUGGAAAGGAAUGUUUUCGGAGCAGUUACUACAACAACCAGCUGUUAAAGAGUGUUUUCGCAAAGCUUUAGAGUUAAUGAACCGAGCAGUAAAACAACCAACUGGUCAACCUGGUGCACUUGAAACUGUAUCAUAUUUAACAAAUUUAGAAACCAAUUUGCCACCACCACCGCCUCCAAUUAUUACAAAUACACAUUCAGAGACUUUGGCUCAUGCUGUGCGUAAUGCUAGCCAAAUGCCACAAAGUUUAAGCUUUAAAGAUAUCAUCGCAAAGAAUUGUGAAGAGCGUGGUAUAUUAUUUGUACCAAUACCAAAUCGUUAUCGUGAAGCAAAACAAGUAUAUCGUAUAGGAAAUGGUUCAACACAAUGUUAUAUCGAUAAGAAUGUAGUAUUUGCAACGACAAAUGGUACAAAUUGGGCACCCACAAAUUUAAAUAACUUAUUGGAUAUUGCAUAAUUUAUACAUUUAAAUUUAUUGAUUAAAAUUUAACAAUAUACGUCGGCGAUAAAUUUGGCGUAUAUUAAAUUUUGAACACGC